GCCUGCAUCCCUUCCCCGAUCGCAUCCCCCCCCCAUCCCUCGGGGCCGUUGGAAGUAGCCACUCCCCCCCCCCCCCCGGCUCCCCCCCCCGGGCCCGGUUCCCCGUUCCGUGGCGGCCCAUUUUGGGGCCGGGGGCUCCCGGGGCGGUGCGGUGCGGGCGGGAGGCGCUUAGGACCCAGCAGCCGGGCGGUGCGGGAGCAUCUCUCGCCGCAGCGGCUUCAGCACCGGCCCCGGCACCGAGCAUCCCCGCCCGGCCCCGCUUCGGGCCCAUGGAGCCCCCCCCGCCGCACAGCUCUGCCCGGCGGAGAGGAGCGGGGAGAUGAGCGGGGUUGGGGGGCACCCCCGGGUGCGCUGAGCACCGCAGCACCCACCCCGCGGCGGGGGCCCCCAGCGAUGCCCCACAACCCCGCACCGUCAGCCCCGAGGAUGGGCGAUGGGCCACAGCAUGGAGCCCUCCCUGCCCGCCCCGUGGGGCUGGAACGGCUCUAGGGCGGCGCGGGCGCUCCAGCCUUCCCCGGGCCCCAUGCCCCCCAACGGCACGGCCGACAGCAAGCCCAAAGACGUGGCUUCCAAAUCCGUGGGGCUGUUCUUCAUGCUGCUCAUCGACCUGACGGCCAUCGUGGGCAACGCGGCCGUGAUGACGGUCAUCGUGAAGACGCCGGCGCUGCGCAAGUUCGUCUUCGUCUUCCACCUGUGCCUGGUGGACUUCCUGGCCGCCCUCACCCUGAUGCCGCUGGAGAUGCUGUCGGGCUCGGCCGUGUUUGACAGCCCGGUGCUGGGCGAGGCCAUGUGCCGGGUCUACCUGUUCCUCAGCGUCUGCUUCAUCAGCAUGUGCAUCCUCUCCAUCUCCACCAUCAACGUGGAGCGCUACUACUACGUGGUGCACCCCAUGCGCUACGAGGUGCGGAUGACGGUGGGGUUGGUGGUCUGCGUGCUGGUGGGCGUCUGGCUGAAGGCCGUGGCCACGUCGCUCGUCCCCGUGCUGGGCUGGUUGGCCCCCGACCGCCCGCCGCCCGCCGGCCGCGGCUGCUCCCUGCAAUGGAGCCGCGGGCCGUACUGCAAGUUCUUCGUGGUCUUCUUCGCCGCCUUCUACUUCCUGCUGCCCCUCCUCAUCAUCGUGGUGGUGUACUGCAGCAUGUUCAAGGUGGCCCGGGUGGCCGCCAUGCACCACGGCCCGCCGCCCACCUGGAUGGAGACCCCGCGCCGGCGCUCCGAGUCGCUCAGCAGCCGUUCCACCAUGGUGACCACGUCGGGCGCCCCCCGCACCACCCCGCAGAGGACGUUCGGUGGGGGCAAAGCGGCCGCCAUCCUGCUGGCCGUGGGCGGACAGUUCCUUUUCUGCUGGCUGCCCUACUUCUCCUUCCACCUCUACACCGCCCUCAGCGCCCAACCCUUGGCGGGGCCGGCGGCCGAGACCGUGGUCACCUGGCUGGGCUACUUCUGCUUUACCUCCAACCCCUUCUUCUACGGGUGCCUCAACCGGCAGAUCCGCGCCGAGCUGGGCCGGCUGCUCACCUGCUUCUUCAAGCAGCCCCCCGAGGAGGACCUGCGCCUGCCCAGCCGCGAGGGCUCCAUCGAGGAGAACUUCCUGCAGUUCCUGCAGGGCACCGGCUGCCCCGCAGAGCCCCCCCCGCCGCCGCUCGGCACCCCCAGCCCCAAACGGGACCCGGCGCCCGUCGAUUUCCGCAUCCCGGGACAGGUCGGGGAGGACGCGGCCGAGGGGCCGGAGCGGGGCGGCGGGGACGGGCCGUGCGUGCCCAAAGCCGGGCUGUAGCGCCGGGCUCGGGGCGGCGGCGCCGGGCGCAAACACGGCUGUGUGCUGGGGAGUCUGGCAAGAGCACCAUCGUGAAGCAGAUGAAGAUUAUUCACGAGGACGGCUACUCGGAGGAAGAAUGCAAACAAUAUAAAGUGGUUGUCUACAGCAAUACUAUCCAGUCCAUCAUUG